ACAUUGAUAGCUAUCUGACACAAUGGUCGCAGUAGCGGUUAGCUGGCUAGCUAACUAACGUUACAAUGCUAUUUGCAUUGGAUAACGAUACACUUCACGAGCUACUUACUGCUAGCUAGUUAGCUAUCUGCUAGCCUCUUGGUUGCAUAACACUGCAACCAUUUAUCAUCUUCUAAAGUAUGUGUCACUGUUCAGAGUUUGCAAAUCAGGUGAACGUAGUAUUUAAUUUUGCGUGGUGCUUAAUCAACUCUUUCCAACUUUCCAACCACCCAAAAAUAUGUCGACACCAAUCUAGUCAACGUUAGCUAGCUACUGCCAAUUUGAGUAACAUUGAAUGUGUAGCAGGCAGCAUUCAAAAAAACAAAUACAUUCACUCUGUCACAACAGUUGGGCAGAAGGCUACUAGCUAUGUCAUGUUUCAAUUCCACAACACCUAAUAGGUUAGCUAGCUAACAAGUUAGCUGCCAAUUUGUAAAGUUACCAUUUUACAUCAACUAGUUUUUUGUCAUGGGCCUGUUCUUUAGUCAUUUUAGCUUGCCUAAACACAGUUUAGAUUAGGAUUAUAGGUAUCCCAUUUUGGUUAUGUGAAGAGAAGGAGAAAUAAGAACAACUUGGCAAUGUGAUGUGUUUUAAGCUAAGCACACACAAAAGCAGUCUACAACUACAGCCUAGGAUUACUAUCCAGGACAUCCAUGAAUUGUGUGCAUUGAAAGACAAUGGCUUGAAGCCGUGUCAACAACAUGAAACCAAAGAACAAACAGAUGUACAACAGGCAGAAGAAUUGAGUGACCCACCUUCGUUCACAUGGACUGGAUUUUCUCUGAAUUUAAACUUUGCACCAGUGGAAAAUCAACAAAAUAAUUAAAAGUAGGCCUAAUGCUUUUUAUUUUUACAUUAGUGACAAUGAUUAUGAAACUUCCUCAGAAUGUUGUGUCAUCAUGGGAUGAGUGAUCAGGGGUACUGGUGCUCUUUACCCAGUUAUUCCUUCUGUGGCUGCUGCAGAGGAGAACUAGAUGUCGUAAACCAAGACUGAAGCCUACCACAUUUUGGGGGAUUUGACGCUGAACAUCUACAACUGAGAAACCAUGGGAGUCUGUCCUGCUGUGUCUAUGUUUUUCCGCAAGUGCAAGUAUAUGAUACUGUUGCUGCUCUCCGUUUCCGUCUUGGCUUGGUACGCCACUUUUUCCGGUGAAACAGUGAAAGCAAUUCAGGGAACCCUUUUGCCAGUGCAAACACUUGCUGAUAAUACUGAGGUCCUGAGUGGAGGAGAAGGAAACUCGUGGAGAUCAGUGACACAGGUCUUCUCCAAUCCUCUCCCUGACACCUCACCACCAAAACAAAGCUGUCCUGAGAAAUCGCCACUGCUCCAGGGAGCCCUAAACCUCACAUUUGAGGACUCUCUAACGCUUAAGGAGGUGGAGAGUGAGAACAGUGGAGUGGCUGAGGGCCAAUACCAGCCUCCAGACUGCCUCGCCCAGCAGAGUGUGGCUAUCCUCAUUCCCCAUCGUAACCGGGAGAAACACCUCCUCUACCUCCUGCAUCACCUGCACCCCUUCCUUCAGAGGCAGCAGCUGCACUACAGCAUCUACGUCAUUCACCAGGCUGGAGAGGUGACGUUUAACCGUGCCAAGCUACUUAAUGUUGGGUACUUGGAGGCACUCAAGGACUACGAUUGGGAUUGCUUCGUUUUUCAUGAUGUGGAUCUGGUUCCAGAGAACGACUACAACCUAUACAGGUGUGACCAACAGCCCAAACACUUAGUGGUCGGCAGGAACGCCACAGGGUACAAAUUGCGAUACAAAGGGUACUUUGGAGGGGUGACGGCCAUGACGAAGGACCAGUUUCACAAAGUGAAUGGCUUUUCAAACACUUACUGGGGAUGGGGUGGGGAGGAUGAUGACCUUCGCAUCAGGGUGGAGCUCCAGAAAAUGGAAAUUAUACGACCCCCCCCUCUCAUAGCACGCUAUACCAUGGUAUUUCAUAAAAGAGAUAGCGGCAAUGAAAUCAAUAAAGACAGGAUGCGUUUGCUAGCACGGACACCUAAAGUCUGGAGAAAGGAUGGCCUUAACACCUGCUCCUACAGUACUCUAUCAGUUGAGAGGCCACCUCUGUACAUUAAUGUCACCGUUGACAUUGGCGAACCAAUGCACUGAGGCUUCAGAGCACCUCUCUUCGUUUACUGCAGUGUGUACAGGAUUAUUGAUCUGGCAUGUCUAUGCCUACAUGUUACUUACCAGAGGGUCGCAAACAGAAGGUUAGUGGCAGUAGCUGUUGACCAUAAUUCAUGUGAUCUACUCAGUUUUCACUGUAAACCAUUCCAAGCAGGGCAUGUAAAAUUGCUAGGUCCUCAUAAUGUAAGUCUGGUAGCCCUAUACAGUCAAACCUGGUGAUCAGGUUCUAGUGGUGAGAGUAAGACCAAAAUAUAUAUUUUUCUCUACAACAGAGCAUUAUUUGAUUUAUCCUAGACUUAAAGGGCAAUCUGCAAUUGCUAAAUCAAUUUUUGGACUUAGAACCCAACAUAUAUAAGCAUAUUUUACACCAAUGUUUGUAAACAUUGUACAUGUAAAUAAACACUGUAUAUGAUAUUUAUCCAUUGAUUCUUGAAGAAUGUAACUUUUAUAAAUGCCUAAUGAGCUUAGUUCAACUGUUGUACCCCAUAAGAACCCAACCUAUAUAAGCAUAUUUUACACCAAUGUUUGUAAACAUUGUACAUGUAAAUAAACCCUGUAUAGCCUCAAAACAUGCUUAAAAAUAUAAUUUUGA